ACUAGCCACAGUUCAACUCAAUCACUCAUGGCUCUCUUCUUCCCAACUCAGGUGAGCGCACGUUUAGGCGCUGCGCCUCCGGCGCAAGUUAGAAAGUGUGUGAAGGCGACCAACGCGGAAUUCUUCAACGGCGACAAGCGGCCGAUCAUGCUCUUCGACGGCGUCUGCAAUCUCUGCAAUGGCGGCGUCCGCUUUGUUCGUGAUAACGAUCGCAACAGAAGAAUUAGGUAUGAGCCGCUGCAGAGCGAAUCGGGCAGGAAAUUACUGCAGAGGUCAGGGAGGUCUCCUGAUGAUAUUUCCAGCGUCGUGCUCGUUGAGAAAGAUAGGUCAUAUAUCAAAUCGGAAGCCGUGCUAAAGAUUAUGGAAUACCUCGACCUUCCUUUUCCUCAGUUAGCACUCUUGUUGAAUAUAAUACCUCUGUUCAUAAGGGAUUUUGCAUAUGACAAUGUUGCGAAUAACCGCUAUGUGAUAUUUGGCCGAACAGAGACCAAUUCAUGUGAAAUAUGAGGAGGUUGUCUACUCACUUAGAUCAACUUCUUUCACACACGGUGUGCGUGCGACAUAUAUAUUGUAAAUGCUUCUCAUAGAUGCAUACACAUACUGCUUUGCCUCGAAAGAGGUUUGUACUCGCUAUCAUUCAUAUUAUAUUUUAGAAAAGCGCACACUUCUAAUUGCUCUGGCAUAUUUUACUUUGUUCAAUGUAGGCCAUUCUUGUUUACUACUGAAAUCUAUUUGAAACAUGGAACUCAAUUUUUUGUGAAAGGACAUCUUGUGCUUCAUCU